CCCUCCAGAAUGAGAUUAUCCCUGUGUGGCAACAGUGGAGCCAGGGUGGGCAGGGCACUCCCAUCAGCUGUGUGUCUAAGACAGAGCCCAUUGAACCUCCACCACUAAUCUCUACACACAGACACACCUUGACAGCCUGCAUAUAAACUCGGCCCUGAGUGGGCUUCAGCAUCCGUGAGACAAGAAAAGUCUCCAAAAGCCACAAUAAUGGACUUCAGAGCAACGAUUCCUCUUCUUUUGCUGCUGCUUAUCGGCCUCUGUAAUGCUCACCCUGGCAAUGAUCAUGAAGCUGAUACCGAGAUUUCUGUAGAUACGUCUGCCACAGAGGACAUUACCACAACUAUUCUGAGGAUGAACAAUGGAUCUUCUGAUUUCCUGCUGGAAGGGGAUGUGCUGGUUCCAAGAACAAGGAAUGCUGUGAAGUGCCUUAAAAAAGCAAAUAGCUGUCUGUGGCCAAAGUCUGCGAACCGUAAUGUGGAGAUCCCUUUCCUUCUGAGCAAAAAAUAUGAUAACACUGAGAAAAAUGAGAUUUUACGUGCCAUGAAAGGCUUUGAAUCAAAGACCUGCAUUCGCUUCAUUCCACGUGCGACUCAGAGGGCGUACUUAAGCAUUGAACCGAGAUAUGGGUGUUCCUCUUUACUGGGUCGUACUGGAGUAAAGCAGGUGUUGUCACUGCAGAGGUUUGGCUGCAUACGCCGUGGCAUCAUACAGCACGAGAUACUGCACGCGCUGGGUUUCUACCAUGAACACACUCGGCCCGACCGCGACAGAUAUAUCAGAAUCAACUGGGAAAACGUCAACGAACAUUUUGUCCUCAACUUCAAAAAGAAGGACUCUGAUCAUCUCAACACUCCAUAUGAUUACUCCUCUGUGAUGCACUACGGAAGAACUGCUUUUGGGAAAUUCGGAUCAGAAACUAUAAUUCCCAUCCCUGACUCCUCUGUUCCCAUCGGCCAGAGGGAGGGCCUCUCUGACAUCGACAUUCUCAGGAUCAACAGGCUCUACAAAUGCUGGAAUUACAUUGGAUAGAUGAUUACUGCAGUAUAUUUUGAUUGCGAUGUAAUACUUUACACAUGAGUGUAUGAUAAUAAAAUAUUGAUAUUCCAUGAA